AGACGGACAAUGGGGCACUUCCCUCUCCUGGGGCACAAGCCCCUUGUGCGCAGGAGUAAACCUUUAAGAUGUCUCUCACCAAUAGAAGGCAAGUGAACACUUCAUCGCUGAAGAAAAUCGCUGCCGACAUGAGUAACUUAAUCGAAAGUCUGGACUCGAGGGAGCUGCAUUUUGAAGGGGAAGAAUUGGAUAGUGAUGUGGUACAUGAUCCAAAAGCUCCUGUGGGCAUUCCAUUCUCAGCCAUUUAUAACACUAAAGGAUUUAAAGAGCCUCAAGUGCAGCUCUACCUAAGCGGGUGUCCCAUCCGAGUACGUGUUCUAGAAGUGGAGCGUUUUACGUCAACAACCAAGGUGCCAAGUCCACGUGUUUACACCAUUGAGCUGACCCAUGGGGAGUUUACAUGGCAAGUGAAAAGAAAGUACAAGCAUUUUCAGGAGCUGCAUAGAGAACUCCUUCGAUACAAAGCUUUUAUCCGACUUCCCAUCCCAACACGGAGACACACUGUGCGGAGACAGACUGUUAAAAGGGAAGAAGCAAGACAAAUACCAAGUCUUCCACGCACCUCUGAAAACAUGGUCAGAGACGAUCAUCUCUCCAGUAGAAGAAAACAACUGGAAGAUUACGUCGCAAAUCUCUUAAAAAUGCCCCUGUACAAGAAUUAUCAUGGAACUAUGGAAUUCCUUGGUGUAAGUCAAUUGUCAUUCAUCCAUGAUCUGGGACCUAAAGGCAU